AAAGUCGCUGUGGCCCGAAGCGUGGAAGUAAUCGCUAAUCAGGAUUGAGAACACAGGCGAUGAGGUAUCCGUGAUUGUUCCCCAUUGUUUAUCGCCUUGUAGAUCAGGGCCGACCGGAAAUUACGAUGUGGCGAAGAUCUGCUGUUUCGUGUUUUUCUUCGAGGAUCUCCUUGUCCUCCUCUUCGCCAAACCCUAGAUUGAUUCCCUGGUCCUGCGCAUUUCGUGCCGUCAACAGCGUCUCUGAUCCUCCGCUUUCGUCGGAAUCAGCUGCUAAGCUUGCGAUUCCGGCGGAAACGUCUGAUAGGGUUCGAGCUUUUGCAUCAACCACCACCGCCGGUGAAAUUUCGUCGAGAGUUGCGGCGACGGUAGGAUUAGGGAACCACUACGCUCGCUGCUAUUGGGAGCUUUCUAAAGCCCGACUCAGCAUGCUUGUUGUUGCGACUUCUGGAACUGGGUAUAUUCUUGGAACUGGAGAUGCUGCAAUAGACUUUGCCGGGCUUUGUUACACUUGUACUGGUACGAUGAUGGUUGCAGCUUCUGCUAACUCCUUGAAUCAGAUUUUUGAGAUAAGCAAUGAUGCCAAGAUGAAGAGGACAAGGCAAAGGCCGUUGCCUUCAGGACGCAUCAGUGUACCACAUGCUGUUGCGUGGGCAUCUUUUGCCGGUGCUGCUGGUGCUUCUUUGUUGGCUUGCAAGGCUAAUAUUCUGGCUGCUGGACUUGCAUCUUCCAAUCUUUUCCUUUAUGCCUUUGUUUAUACUCCGUUGAAGCAGCUUCACCCUAUCAAUACAUGGGUGGGGGCUGUUGUUGGUGCUAUCCCACCCUUGCUUGGGUGGGCUGCAGCCUCUGGUCAGAUUUCACUCAAUUCAAUGAUUCUUCCGGCUGCUCUAUAUUUUUGGCAGAUCCCUCACUUCAUGGCCCUUGCAUACCUGUGCCGUAAUGAUUAUGCUGCAGGAGGGUAUAAGAUGUUCUCGCUUUUUGAUCCUUCUGGACAGAGGACAGCUGCAGUGGCUCUUAGGAACUGCUUGUACAUGAUUCCUCUCGGUUUCUUAGCCUAUGAUUGGGGUUUGACAUCAGGUUGGUUUUGCAUGGAAUCAACAGUCCUCACCCUUGCAAUUGCUGCUACAGCAUUUUCAUUCUACCGAGACCGAACCACUCAGAAAGCAAGGAAGAUGUUCCAUGCAAGCCUUCUCUUCCUCCCCGUUUUCAUGUCGGGUCUCCUUUUGCAUCGAGAAACUGGUAACAAUCAGCAUCGCCUGGAAGAAGUCGGUUUAACGAAGCUUUCAGCAUAUGAAACAAGAGAUGGUGAGGAUAAAACUCGCAGUCAGAAAAAGAGAAAGGCCACACAGGGACAGGGUCGCCCCCCUGUGGCCUACGCUUCUGUUGCACCCUUCCCUUUUCUGCCGGCUCCUUCCUUCUCCUCUUCCUAAAACAUUGCAGAGUUCUUUUUUUUUUGGUUGAUACAAAUCUGAAAGCAUUCAAUGAGUUUGAAGUUGAGAAUAAGAAAGGGGAUGAUGCAUGUAAGUUAAAGAUUUGCCUCAACUCCUUUUUUUUUUUUUUUGUGAUCCCAUAAGGUAAGACCAUGAGACUGUAUACCAAUGCAUUUUCUGGCUUACUUACAGCAAACCCAUGUCGGUUUUGCCAGUUCCUAA